UCUGUUUUUAUAUAAAACCAAAGUUUAUCCCUAAACUACAAAUAUCCAAAACCCCACUCCAGACAAUUGCGUGGCACUGAUUCAUUUUUAUUUUUCUGCUCAUCUUUUACAAAUCAAUUAUUUUCUAUAUUUAUUUUAAUUUUUACGUUAUUAUUAUUCUAUUCUAAGCUCUUAAAUACUCCCUUCCUCAAAAAAAAAAAAUUAAAAAAAGAAAAACUCUUAAAUACUCCCAGUUUUUCUAUCUAAUAUUUAUUUACUUGACAAAAAUUGAACAAACUUCAAAUUAGAAUUAAGAAAUGGCAGCAUCAAUUUCAUCAUCUUCCUCUAUAACUCAACAAACACUUCUACGAUAUCACAAUUUAAGUGACCACCUCAUCAAUGGUGUUUCAUUUACACCUUCUGUAUCUGUUAAGAAGGUUUCUUUGUUCCCGAUACGGUGCCGUUUCAACAUCCCCUACAGAAAUUAUUCCGGUUACAGUUCAAGGAGAGCUGGAACGACUAGCAAUGUGGAGGUUACUGCAAUUCCAACAUCUGUACCAGUUCGUGUCGCUCGUGAGCUUCUUCUAGCUGGCCACAGCUACUUGGACGUCCGGACUCCGGAAGAGUUCACUGCUGGGCAUGUACCCGGGGCUGUAAACAUCCCUUACAUGUUACGAAUUGGUUCAGGGAUGACAAAGAACCCCAAUUUUCUUGAACAAGUGUUAUCACAAUUCAGCAAAGAUGAUGAAAUCCUUGUUGGUUGUCAAAGUGGAAAGAGAUCUCUUAUGGCUGCAAAUGAUCUUCAAUCUGCUGGCUAUACAGGCAUCAUUGACAUCGCUGGUGGUUAUUCUGCUUGGACUCAGAGUGAACUCCCAACAGAAACGGUUAGAAACGGUUAAUAGUUAUAGUGCACUUCUGAAAAUUGUAAUCCCUGUGUAUAUAUUAAGUUGUACAUUUCAGGUAUCUUUCUGCAAGCCUUGAGCUAAGAAUUUGGUCAUAAUACUCAUAAUGUCCAUGGCAUUUGCCUUCUGUUUCUUGUUUCGUUUAAUGUAAAAAGCCAAUUGACAUAUUACUCAUCUUGGCUUAGCAAUGAAGAAAAUAAAAUGGUCUGACAAACUUCAAA